CGCCGCUUGUGUAUUUGCCUAUUUGGCUAAUAUUUACUAGUAAUAGAUACCAAAAAUGUUCACUAGUACGUAUUAUUUUUGAACUUACCCUGAACAUAAGGACCAUUUUUCUCGGAAGGAAGAAGAAAGAGACCUUGUUCGCGGUCUGUAAUCCAAAUGGCUCUGCUCUUGUAAAGCAGAUAUCCCAGGUGAAAAAGCAUUUUGUUGAAGUUGAAGUGUAAUAAGGGAGCAAGUUUCAGAGCACAUGGCAUGUCAUCAACUGUCACAUUGUUUGAGGACUCUCUUUCACUUAGGGAGUAAAAAUAUAUGGGUUGCUCUGUCGCCUAGUGGCAAUUUCACUUCUUCCCGUUUCAGAAAGUUACAUCCCAUUUGUUCUUUAUCGACAUCUCCUCUUAAUAGGGGUUACUGCAGAGCCGUUUCUUCUGCUAAUAAUGUUGAAUCAGAGCAAGUGUUACAUAGAAAUGUGCCUUUUGAUUUUCCCCAUACUCAAAUUAAGUCGCCCAAUCUUGAUACUUCGAAUGGCAGAGUCAUGCUCAUUGACGGAACCUCAAUAAUUUACCGAGCUUAUUACCGGCUGCUUGCUAAACUGCACCACGGUCAUCUUUCACACGCUGAUGGCAAUGGAGAUUGGGUACUGACUAUAUUUACAGCAUUGUCACUUAUUAUUGACGUUCUGGAGUUUCUUCCUUCACACGUAGUGGUUGUUUUUGAUCAUGACGGAUUUCCCUUUGGUCAUACAUCUCUUUCAACCAAACAAAAUUUGGUUGCAAAAGGCCUGAAUUUUCGUCACAAUAUGUACCCCUCUUACAAAAGCAAUCGUCCUCCAACACCUGAUACAAUUGUUCAAGGACUUCAAUUUUUGAAAGCUUCCCUUAAGGCCAUGUCUGUCAAGGUGAUUGAGGUGCCAGGUGUUGAAGCUGAUGAUGUUAUUGGAACCUUGGCUGUUAGGAGCGUUGAUGCUGGAUUCAAGGUGCGAGUUGUUUCCCCAGAUAAAGAUUUUUUCCAGAUUCUGUCUCCUUCAUUACGCCUUCUACGAAUAGCUCCUCGUGGAUUUGAGAUGGUCUCAUUUGGAAUGGAGGAUUUUGCUGGAAAAUAUGGAGGACUAAAACCGUCUCAAUUUGUUGAUUUGAUCUCACUUACGGGUGAUAAAUCUGAUAACAUACCAGGUGUUCAUGGGAUUGGAGAUGUACAUGCAAUUCAGCUUAUUAUGAAAUUUGGAACACUAGAAAACUUAUUGGAACGUGUUGAACAAGUUGAGGAGGAGCGAAUUAGAAAGGUAUUGCUAUCCAAUGCGGAGCUGGCUAGACUAAGCAAGGAUCUAGCAAUAUUACGAUGUGAUCUGCCAUCCUACAUGGUUCCUUUUGCCCCUGAUGACUUGAUAUUUGAGAAACCAGAGGAUGGCGGGGAGAAAUUUACUAGCCUCUUAACGGCUAUUAGUGCUUAUGCUGAAGGAUUUUCCGCGGAUACCAUAAUUAGAAGAGCUUUGUAUUUGUGGAAGAAGCUUGAGAAGCAAAAUACAUAUACCCUGCACCAGAAACUUCUAUCAGCCUGAUCGGAGACUCUGAGAUCCUGAAAAUCGAUGGUGAUACAAUUCCUAGUUCUUCUGUUCAUAGCUUUUUUUUAGAUUAUAGAUUAUCAUUGAAAACAAAAAUGAAUGUAGGGUAUACUGGUCAGAGCACCUCCUUGUAAAAUAUACCAGUGAGCAUUCUGCAUUAGUAAUUGGUCUUUUACUGAAACGUGCUUUCAUAUUGCUGAAACAUGAUAUGCAGUAGCUUUACUGGAAUUGGGAAUUAAUAACAGAAAUCCAAAAAAUUGGAUUUCCUUUCUGCCAUUUGGAUGGAUAAAGAAAUUCAAGGGAAAAUUGAGAUUA